UAAAUAAAUUAUAAAAACUAAAUUAAAUCAUUUAAAUAGUAAAUAAACACAGAUCUAAAAUUAUAGGAUUUAGGCAGCAAUCGGAAAAUCCACCAUAAGGUCUUAUUAGCUUUGGGAAACCGGAUCAAAUGCGGAAAACUCAAUUACUUAAUUGCGCUGCAAAUAUACAAAUAGAAAUCAUUGAGAACCAUGUUAUAUAUUGUUGGGAUCAUUUUACUGAGUAGCACUUUGUGUAACUGCCUCGACAAUGGUCUCGCUAAAACUCCCCCAAUGGGAUGGCUUUCAUGGGAAAGAUUUCGAUGUAAUACAGACUGCGUAAACGAUCCAGAUAAUUGCAUAAGUGAACAGUUAUUUCAAACUAUGACCGAUAUUGUCGUGGCUGAUGGAUAUGCAUCUGUGGGCUACGAAUAUAUAAAUAUUGAUGAUUGCUGGUUAGAAAAGCACCGCGGUCAUGAUGGAAAAUUGGUAGCCGACCGCAAACGGUUUCCCAAUGGAAUCAAAGCUUUAUCUGACUAUAUUCAUUCCAGAGGCCUCAAAUUUGGAAUAUACGAGGACUACGGGAAUUAUACUUGUGCGGGUUAUCCUGGUAUUAUAGGACACGAAGAGAAGGAUGCACUUCUAUUUGCAGAGUGGAAUGUGGAUUAUGUAAAAAUAGAUGGCUGCUAUGCGCUACCUUUAGACAUGGAUCUGGGAUACUCGACAUUUGGAAGGCUUUUAAACAGUACAGGCAAAUCGAUGGUGUAUUCGUGUAGCUGGCCGGUGUAUCAGAUUUAUGCUGGAAUACAGCCAAACUAUUCAGCAAUCCAAACACAUUGCAACCUUUGGAGAAAUUAUGAUGACAUCCAGGACUCUUGGGCGUCUGUUGAAAACAUAAUCGAUUAUUAUGGCAAUAAUCAGGAUUUAAUAGCUCCAAAUGCGGGACCUGGGCAUUGGAACGAUCCAGACAUGUUGAUUAUUGGAAACUUUGGACUAAGUUAUGAGCAGGCAAAAACACAAUUCGCAAUUUGGUCAAUUUUGGCUGCUCCACUUUUGAUGUCAGUGGAUUUAAGAACGAUUCGUCCGCAAUUUAAGCAUAUCUUACAAAAUAGGAAAAUAAUCGCUGUGGAUCAAGAUCCACUUGGAAUACAGGGAAGACGAAUUUAUAAGCACAAGGGAAUUGAGAUAUGGUCCAGACCCAUUGGCCCACUCUACCAAAACUUUUACUCCUACGCAAUCGCCUUUGUUAAUAGAAGAACGGAUGGAACUCCUUCAGAUAUAUCAGUUACUUUAAAAGAGUUGGGACUUAUCAAUUUCUCUGGGUACAGAGUAGAGGACCUCUACGAAAAUGUUGACUAUGGUGUUUUAUAUCCCAACACCAAAAUCAAAGUCAAAGUAAACCCCUCUGGCGUGGUUAUGCUGAAGGGAGAAGUUCAGUACCCAGUUGACUUGUAAAACCGUUUGUUAAAUGAGAUUGCCUUAAAUUAACUUUAAAUUGAUACUAAUUUGUCAAUAAAUUUUAA